AUGUCGACGCCGACGAUAAGAGUUUUGGGGGUGUCUGCCGCAGAGGGGCUAGGGAUGAUGGUUGACGAUAAAGCCAAUGCUCCGUCUCGACUGAGGCUCCAUGGCCGUAUCAGCAUCUUCAACCAGGAUGGCUCAUUUGAAACUGUUCGUAUCCGAUUGCAAGGUGCCAUCUACACCAAGAUUGGUUCACAGGCAGCCGUUGAAAAGAUCCCUUCAACGUCCGUUGUCAAAUCCAACCUGGACUUCAAACCGGCCUAUUCCGCAUCUAGAGAACGAAGCGAAGAACAGUAUCUCGAUUUCGUCUGCCCGAUUCCAUCCUCCAGACGCGGUCUCUCCGCCGACUUCGUACCGUCGAUGACACUGUCUGGAACCACAUAUCUCACGAAAGUGACUGCUCUGACGAACAGGGAACUGUUGGAAGGUUCUUGUCAAGUGGUCUACACGCUCGAAGCAGAGUUCUUGCGAUCGCAAACGAAUCAGGUGGUGCGGAGGAUCAGUUGCCCGGUCGAUGUGUCUUCGGGUCUGACACCUCUGGACGUGGAGGUGAUUUCAGACGGCCGCUCAGAUCACGUUGAGCAGAUUGCAAAGCCUCAGCUACGACUGAACAGAUUGCUCGGAUCCCAGUCGCAGCCUGAGGUAGCUGUGCACAUGCCAAAGUUGGUCGGCUGUGCGGUCAACGACUUCUCCACAGCUUCCACUGGUUGUCGGCGACUCACUGUACCAGUCUCAGUCAAUGUCGCCCUACCCUCACACGCCCGUCGACAAGCACAGGCAUUACUCGAGAAAGACUCGCUUAGCUGUUCGGUUACGGCUCGCUGGUUUACCAAGAGGACAUUCACCACCGGUUCUUCGGCCGUCGAAUCAACGAUUCACAGCGAUCGAGCAUCGACUCAGAAGUUUGCCAUGACAUUACCACCUCUCUACAAGUCAAGUACCGAAACAUCAAAAUACACCACGUCAAUGGAGCUGGAGCUUCUGCUCCCGGAAUCGAUCUCGACCCCUUCAAUCUCUACCGAUCUCUUGAAAAUCAGUUACACACUAGAUCUCUCCAUGAGGUUUGAAGUGAUCGGAAAUGACUCUCUGAAAGGCCCGUACACAGCGAACUUCAACCUCCCAGUGGCUCUGCGCACUGCUCAACCACAAUCCUUGAUCAGCCAUCGCAGUUUUGAUCCACUUCUAGGACUCGUUGAGGAGCAAUCAAUCUAUGCUCCUCCUCCAUAUGUGUGCUAG